AUGGCUGCCACAGAGAGCACCCCUCACUCGCAGGCCGGAGGUCCCGCCGCUGGCAGCGGCAUCUCCGCACGCGACGCUAUCGACAUAUUGCUCUACGACGACAAUCAAGGACAGCGCAAGCGCAAGCUGGUGCUGGAGCUCAACACACUUGUGCAGGGUACCGAAUUUGCCGAGCAGUUUCUUGACGAUGACGGACUGAACGUUAUCCUGCAUCAAAUUAAGACCGCAAGUGGUAACCUACAGGCAGCGAUGCUCAGCGUGUUGCGCAAUCUGCUGGUAUACGUGAACGCGGUGGAGCAGAUCGCGGAGUCGCCAGAGCUCGUGGAGCGCAUAUACGGCCUGCUGGUGCCGCCACCGGACGGUGGGGCGGUGCCGCUGAACAUCGCGAAGCCGACUCUGGAGACACUCAUCGUCAUCUGCGGCAUGGUGGAGGGCGGCCACAAGAUGAUCAACCACGCGGCGAAGAAGCGCGUCGGCGUCGGUGUGCUCCCGUACGCACCGCUUGUGCCGCUGCUGAGCGGCGCCGACCUGCUUGCGACGCACAGCACACUGCUCUUCAUGAACAUCCUGCUCAAAAAAAAGAAGGAGGCGUCGGGCAUGAAGGCAAAGAAGUUGCUGUUCCGCUGGACGGAGUGCGGCGUCGUGUCGGUGCUGAAGCGCCUCACCGCCAUUGAGGACCCCGAUGUGGCGAAGCAGCUGGGCAGCUUCCAGCGAUUGUCGAACCUCACCAUCCCGCGCAGUUGGGAGGAGGCGAGCAAGUACCGCCAGCAGUACGAGGAGGCGAGGCGCAAGUGCGACGCCGCGAUGGAAGCGCUCUACGUGUUCCAGCAGCAGCAGGCAAAGGUGCGCAUGUUGAAACAGGAGCUCGAGCGCGCGCGGGAGACGGUGCGUGCCAUGGCACUCCUUGUGCCGUCCGCGUCGGAGAAUUACCACCCGGCGCGUCGCUUCCGCGCUGGCGGCGGCCUGCACAUCGACCAGCUCGCCCCCAGCAGGAUGGAGCCCAUCGACGUGGCUGCGGCGCAGCGCGACAUUAGUGAUGCACGCAUGGCGCUGGUAGAAAGGUUUGUCACCGCCGACGAUAUCCGUCCCAUUGUGACAAAAGUCCUGGGUGCCCGCACCACGCAGUGGGACUUUGACGCCGCUCCGCCGGGCGGCGACGACGACGAUGGUGAUGACAUGCUCGCACCGCCCUCUGACGACGAGGACGCGAUGCUGCCGCCGAGUGACGGAAGUGACGUGCCGCAGCCAGGAGAUGAUGAUGAUGAUGAUGAUGGUGGUGGCUGCAAACACAGCAGUAAUAGAAACAACAACGGCGAGGUGGUGCAGCAGUCUUCUGCACCCAGCGGGGCGGUGCUCCAACAGCAGCAGCCAGUGCCCCCUGGUGGUGAGGCUCUACCGCCAUCAUUGCCGCCUGAUGGUAAUUCGUCGAACGGCGCCGCACCGCCGCCGCCACCGCCGCCCCCACAAGUAUCGGCAGGGGGAACGAAGGGUGCACCACCACCCCCACCACCAGGGGUGAAGAAGGCGCCGCCAGCAGCAAAGGGUACAGCAGCAGCGGCCGGACCACCACAGGUGUAUUACAAGGGACCUGCCCCGACGAAGCGGAUGAAGCCGCUGCACUGGGACAAGGUCCCGCUUCCUGAGACGGCCGAGUCUGUGUGGUCGCUGAUCCAAGCGGGCAAGGCGUGCGACACCACUUUUGACUACACGGAAUUCGAGCAGCUCUUCUCGCAGAAGGAAGUGGAAGCGAAACAACAGGCGUCGCCACCGAAGCCUCAGAAGAUCCUCCUUCUACGCGAGGAUGUACACCGCAAUCUCUCCAUUCUUCUCCACAAGCUACCGAGCAUCCCCAAUGUGCAGCGGGCGCUGCUCGAGCUGGACACGAACGUACUCUCGCGUGAAGUACUGACUGCGAUGCUUUCACAGGCCCCGUCAGAUGAGGUCCGCGCAGCGUUCUUGAGGAACGCGGGGAAGAAGACAGAGGAGGCGUAUGAGCCACAAGAAAAGUACAUGGCGAUGAUGAUCGCCAUGCCGGAGUUUAAGCGCCGUGUCGGCGCGUGGCACUUUUCACUGGAGUGGGAGGAAAGCCAGCAUGCCGUCCUGAGGCCGAUACACCGUCUACAGGAGAGCAUGAGCGUCGUGCUCAAGAGCAGGCACCUGCCGUACUACCUUGGCUUGCUGCUGAGCUUCGGAAACAUGAUGAACUACGGAGACGCACGCAAGGGCAAUGCGGGUGCAGUAAGCCUUGGCCUUCUGGGCAGGUUGGAGCUGACGAAGGACAAUCGAGGGAAGAUGUCGCUCUUCACCUACCUUGUCAAUACCGUCAAGACGCGUCGCCCCGAGGCGCUGCAUCUUAUUGAUGAAAUGAAGCCGGUGCUAGCUGCGAACGUCAUGCAGAUCAGCUGGAGUGACAUGGAGUCGGCAGUGCAGGAGGCUGAAAAGGCAGUGGCGGUAUUCCAGAAUCAUUGCAGCUUCGUGAAGAGGAAGCUGGUUGAGCUUGGCACCGACGCGGAGGACCCAUUUAUCCCUUUCUCCGUCGAGUUCACAAUGCGGGUUAAGGCCGAGCUGCAGGAACUAAAGGCACAGUUCGAAAAACUGGACAAGACGCGCCUGAGCUUUCUGCAGUACUUUGGCAUCACCGACAUGCGCAAGAAGCCGGAGGAUGUCUUCGUGGAGAUCCUGCCGUUCGUGGAGCGGGUGCGGGGGGCGGUGCAGGACAUGGUUAGGGAGGAGCGGCGCCGGACGAAAAAGGGGCAGAAGUUAGGGGACGGACAUUUUGCCCACGUGGUGGAGAAGCUGCGGGAGCAGGUCGCACUAUAA